CAGUUCCUAAACUUUGGUCUCGUAUAAAGGGCAUGUAUUAUAAUCCGAUUGGGCUGCCACGUACUCUAGCCGUUUGCUUAAACGAGGGUCGUAUGACAGCUCUAACUUCGGGAAGUGACUGAGUUAAAACCGUAGAGCUUCUACUGUCUCCGACGCCUAGAAAGGACUCAGAAGGAAGUACCGUUGUUGAGGGGGCUUAAUCAUGAAGGGACCUUCCUGUUGCAAGCGGAUCUCCAUAGCUAGACAUCUAGCAGCAUCCCCAUGCCCACUAAUGAAAACAAAGCCUGCAGGGGACCCAUAAGGGAGACAACGCCAAAGAACAAGAAUUCCCCAGUACUAACGCUGCUGUGACUUCCCUUAUGGAACGUGAAAAAGAAACAUGUAUCCUGGAUCUCCAGGACUCCAGUGAAGAAGAGACACUAAGAGAAGACAUUGAGAUAAUAAAUGAAAAUAAGGAAGAGGAAGCAGAACAACAGAGCAUACAGAAAGAAGACAAAUGGAUUCAUGACAAGGCAAAGAGCCAGCAAGAAAUCUUCCAGGAAAAAAGAAUCACAGCACAAGGCCAUCUAAUGGAAACUACCCAGCAUGUGGCCAGUAAUGGUGAAUCUGUCAUAUCUGUGGAACAAGAAUCUACGGACAUUUUUUCUGACAACGACAAGGUGCCCAAAGCCACCAUCUGCCCUGACUGUGGGAAGAGCUUCAGUAACAGCUCCCACCUAGUCCGGCAUCGUCGUGUACAUACAGGAGAGAAACCCUACAAAUGCCCCCACUGUGACAAGAGCUACCGCCAAGACUCCCACCUGGUCCAGCACAUGCGUUCUCACACAGGGGAGAAGCCAUACCGCUGUACUCACUGUGGCAAGGGCUUCUCCCAGAGCUCCAACCUUAUCAUCCACCAGCGGACUCAUACGGGCGAGCGGCCCUUCACCUGUCCCGAGUGUGGGCGGAGCUUCAGCCACAGCUCCGAUCUCAUCCAGCACAAGCGGAUCCACACGGGCGAGAAGCCCUACGUCUGCUCCAUCUGCGGGAAGUGCUUCUCGCAGAGCUCCAAGGUCACCCAGCACAAGCGCUUCCACUCGGGGGAACGGCCGUUUUCCUGCGGGGAAUGCACCAAGACGUUUCGUCUCCGCGCUGACUUGGUCCGCCACCUCCGUGCCCACACCGGCGAGCGGCCCUUUGGGUGCCCAGAAUGCGGGAAGCACUUCGCCGAGAGCUCCCACCUUAUCCGACACCAAAGGAUCCACAUGAGCGAACGGCCCUUUCGCUGCCCAGACUGUGGGAAAGGGUUCAACCAGAGCUCCAACCUGCAGCAGCACCAGCGUGUGCACCGAGGCCAGAAACCCUUCAAAUGCGAUGAGUGCGGGAAAGGUUUCGGCGUAAGCUCAGCACUGCUGCAGCACCAGCGCACGCACACGGGUGAACGGCCCUACUGCUGCAGCCAGUGUGGGAAGAGCUUCAGCGUCAGCUCCACUUAUCACAUACACCAGCGUAUCCAUGCUGGUCAAAAGCCCUACUCGUGCGCCAAUUGCGGGAAAGGCUUUGUGCGCAGCUCCGCUCUCCUUCAGCACCAAGCCACCCACACUGGCGAAAAGCCCUUCCGCUGCCCAUACUGCGGGAGAGGCUUUGGACAGAAGUCGGCACUCUCCCAGCACCGGCGAGCCCACGUGAGGAGAGGAGAGACGUUGGCUUUGGUGGAGGGCUGGGAUGCUGCUGGGAUGGAAGGUGUUGGGGACCAGGGGGUGGAAGGAGGAGUGGACAGCCUGUGGCAAGGCAACGGGAUAGGGAUUAUGGAGCAGGAGUGGCAGAGCGAAGGGGACGAGAGCAUGAGGCGGGAAUGGGAGGACGACGGGGAUGAGACCAUGCGGGUGGAGUGGCAGGACGACGCAGACGAGAGCGUGGUGCAGCGGUUGCAGGAAGACGGCAGAGAGAGCAUGAGGCAGGAGUGGAAGGAUGGUGUGGAUGACGAAACAGAGAGGACAGAGUGGCAGGAUGACGAGGACGUGUGUGUGGAGCCGGGGUCGCAGGACGACUGCACUGAAAGCAUGAGGCUAGAAUGCCAGGACGACCCCGACGACGAGGCCGACGAGAGGGUGGCGGUGGGGUUGCAGGAUGAUGGGGACGAGAGCAUGAGGCUGGAAUGUCAGGAUGACGAAAGCGAGGAGGAGGAUUUCCAAGACCAUGAGGAUCAAAGACUGAGGGGGAAGUGUCUGGAUGAGAUUGUGGAGCCAGAUUGGCAGGAUGACAGAGAGGAGAGCCUAAGGGAGGAGUGGGAGAAUGCCGUAGGUGAGAACUUCAGGCAGAAGCACAGCAGCGAGGGACAGGAGUGGCACGGCAGUGAGGAUGGUAGCGAGAGGCAAAGCUGGCUGGGAGAAGGGGAGGAUAGCUUGGAGGGGGAAGGCGAGGAGAUUGGAAGGCAGAGUUGCCAGGAUGAAAAUGAGGAGAUUGUGGUAUUAAAGUGAUUGGUUGGGAUGCAGCGGACAAAAGAAUGGGAGUGGGAUGCUUGGGGAACUCAUUCCAUAGCCCAACCAGCAAGCCAUCAAUAUGUAGUGGACAGAAAUGGCAGGACUAUCCAUUGGUGCAAAGUGGUCUUGUUCACCUGCAGCAAAUAUGGCCGUGUUUGUGUUGUGUGGGAGAUUCUGCUUGGGCUGCUCUCCACUUGAAAAAUGUUCCUCACCCUCAGUACCUGCAUGCCUGUACUAGAUAUCUCCACAUGGCUGCCUCAUGGUCAAGCUGUAUGAUGAUCCAGCUCCCUGUGUUUUCCCAAGUCUUGUGCCAUUUGCUGGUCAAAUUAAUUCCAAAUCGGGUGAUUUUAUUCAAUCAGCUUUUAAAUCUUACCCUACAUCUGUACAUGGUGUGCCACACUUCUCAAAGUGAACUAUGUAAUGUUAAAAACCCAUAAAGCUACCCGAGGCAGGUGCCUUUUCAUAAAGAGGUGGGUGACUGUGCCUUUCCUUACUGCUGUAAGCAAUUCUUGCUACACUCCUUGAAUCAGUUUGGUAGGAAGGACACCUCACCUCAGUCUGGAAGCUUUGAAAUCAUUGGCUUAAAAAGGUACUGUGUGAGCAACAAAAAUCCCCGAUUAACUUUGUUGUUUUAUUUUCACUGGUAUUAUUUAGGAGCCCAGGCAAAUCUGGGAACAUGUAAGACUCCAGUAUUUAACUAGAACAGCUUUUUAAACUCUUAUUGCAUGCUCCAGACCCUUUACCCUUCCUAACUGAAGUUAUUUUUGUAAUGUUUUGAUUUCUGCUAUUAUCCAUGUCUCCCUCUUAUGAACUAAUAAAUGCUCUUUUUAAUUCCCA